AUGGAGAAGGGGGGCAGCGUAUGUGCCAGGCGACGUGACCUCGGGGGAAGGGAGAGGAGUCUGAAAACUGGAUUCUUAAAGUGGAAACCAGAUUAUGACAGUGCAGCUACCGAAUAUGGGAAGGCAGCUGUUGCUUUUAAGAAUGCCAAGCAGUUUGACCAGGCAAGGGAAGCCUGUUUACGGGAAGCUGAGGCACAUGAAAACAAUAAAGCUCUCUUCCAUGCUGCCAAAGCUUAUGAACAAGCUGGCAUGAUGCUAAAGGAGAUGCAGAGACUCCCUGAAGCAGUUCAGCUGAUCGAGAAAGCCAGUAUGAUGUACCUGGAGAACGGGACACCAGAUACAGCAGCUAUUGCACUGGAACGAGCUGGAAAGUUAAUAGAAAAUGUAAGCCCAGAGAAGGCUGUGCAGCUCUAUCAGCAAGCAGCAUCAGUGUUUGAAAAUGAAGAACGUUUACGGCAAGCAUUAGAAAUGCUAGGGAAGGCAUCAAGACUUCUAGUCAGAGGACGCAGAUUAGAUGAGGCUGCAUUGUCUCUUCAAAAGGAAAAAAGUAUUUAUAAGGAAAUUGAAAAUUACCCAACAUGCUAUAAGAAAACUAUUGCUCAAGUCUUAGUUCAUCUUCACAGAAAUGAUUAUGUUGCCGCAGAAAGAUGUGUGAGGGAAAGCUAUAGCAUACCAGGAUUUAAUGGAAGUGAAGACUGUGCAGCACUAGAGCAACUUCUAGAAGGGUAUGACCAGCAAGAUCAGGAUCAAGUUUCUGAAGUCUGUAAUUUGCCACUCUUCAAAUACAUGGACAAUGAUUAUGCCAAGCUUGGUCUUACCUUGGUGGUCCCAGGAGGUGGAAUCAAGAAGAAAUCGCCAAAUGCUGCACAAGACAAAGCAAGAGGACCAGCCACAGUGGGCUCUCAUGCUGAUGAGGAAGAGGAUGAAUAUUCUGGUGGACUGUGCUAACUACAGACAUAGGUUGUCUUAAAUAUCUGACUUAUUUGUGAUGUUGAGCAUAUCCAAAGGUACCAGAUUUACCAGAGCUUCAUUGCAAUUGUGAUAUGGGAAUGAUAAUAUUAACUUGGCAGCUUCUGGGUACAAUACAGGAGAAAAAGCAUCAUUGUGCCUAUCAUCUUGAAACAUCUUUGGAACUCAUUUCUUACCUGGUAGGAGCUUCCUGCAGUUGACGGGAAAAAUUUGAAAGAAAUUUUUACUAAAAGCACAGUUUAAAAGAAACCAAAACCCCAGAAGCACUGGAGUAGGGAGAGUGGUACAAAAUUUUAAAUGCUGGAUUUCAACAGCUGACGCUUUUUGGUCCCAGUAAUAUGUUUGUGACUGUUUUCUGAGUUAAAUAUACAAUCAUUCAUCUGGCUAUUUAUCUCCUGUUUAGCACCAUUUAAGGCAGACUGUGCCAGGCAGGAUUUUUCACUAGUAUAAGCACUAGGGGGAGCAUUCAGUUUAUUUGCAACAUGUUUUUACUCCACUGUGGAAUAUUAUUUUAAUAUCUUAUUCUUUGCAAGCAGUAUCCAUGUGGGUGUGGAAAAUACUAAGUCAACUAGUUUGAAGCUAUCUUGCAAGCUUCAAAGCACACACGCAUCUUUCAUCUUAGGAACUUUAUUGACCUGAAGUCUUUGGAAAUAAAUGUGUGCAUAGUGUUUGUAAUGUACAGCUUGGGAAUGGAAGGAGUGGAUGACCUUUCUUAGCAGUGUUUCUGAAGCAUGCCAUAACCAAAAAAGAAAUUGAAUGUAGCAGAUAACGUGCAUUGAAUAUAAAGCUCUGAAGACAAUGUUUAACAAAAACUUAGGUGGAAUGUUUCAAUGAUAUGUUUAGGUUCAUGAGUGGUCUAGGUGUUUAUUUACUAAUCAAUACGCUAGUCUAUGAAGACAUUUCAUUCUUUUAUAUUUUCAAAGCAUAGAACAGCUAUCUCUUACAAACGGCAUUUUUCAAACUAGCUCAGAAUCCAAAGUAACCAAAUUUUAAUGCAUCUUCUCUUAUUUUUAUUUGGUUUCACGUCAUCAUGUGUUUUGCAAGCUUCUGUAGUGUCUUAAGUUGACCAUUUUAUGCUUAAAAGUUGACAACACUGGAAGUUGGACCUGUGGUCUGUUUCUUCAGAAGAACCUAAUCAAGUCUGCACUAGGGUGAGAUCACUUGGAAUCCAGCAGGGAUUUGUGUGUGAUACAUGAUGCCCAAAGUUCAAUAAACAGUAGACCAAAAGCAGUGUUAAGUGUUGGUACAGUUUCUGCCAUGUUAAGGAAUUGGACGUCUUCAAAAAUAUCAAGCGUAUGUCUGACAUAUAUGUGAUGUCUGACAUUGGUGCGUCAGACAUAAUUGUGAUGAAGGUAAACUUUCAGAGGGUUAAUAUUCACUUUUCUUGGGGUGGAUAGUACUCAGUAGUAUUGUGAUGGGUGCACAAGCUACAGCAUGAUUUGCAGGCAGGGCUACUGUAAAAGUCACAUUAUUCAAUUUAAUGGGUGUUCAAAAAGCAGGGGUUUUUUCUUUGUAUUAUGUAAUAAUCAGCUUGGAUUUUAGAGCUAUUUGAGACUACACCUGUAGUUCUUUACUGUCUUGACAGGUAAUUUCCCUUUGUUAUUAAUGAUGUAUGUAGAAGUUUUUGCUCUUCUAUAAAAUAGUCUAAAUGAAAUUUUGGGAAUUGAGUUGCUUUUCUCUGAUUACAAGUAUACAUGAAAGAUGGUUUUGAAGACUUUCCUGUCACUCUUGUUUUUCCACCGUUGGAGCAACUCAUUCCAGUUUACUCAACUUCUGCCUUCUGGAUUUGUUCAUGAAGGUGACCAUGCACUUUUUGUGGGGAGUCUUUAUCACAAGUAGAAAAAAACCACACAUGUAGGAGCACUGGGAACACUAAGUAAUUUUCUUCAAGCUUUUCCUGCUGCUUCCAAUUCUGAAAUCAGUUUUGUUGAAUGGUCCCAAGGAGUCUGCUUUUUAGUGUGUGUGAACAGUUGUAUAUAUCUGAGAAGAUGACAUGCGUAAGAAGAAAAAUGGGAGCCUUGUGUGCUUCUGUGAAAGAACUUGCAGGCUUUAUUUAAACUGUGCUUGUAACACUAACAGGCUCUUAAAAGAAAAAUUAAAAUUUAUGCAUUAGAUUCUUAAAGCAUACUUUUCGUAUUGCCAAAAAAAUAAAAUAGAUGUGCAAGACUGUCUUCCCACUACCCCCCCAGCUUUUUUCUCUUUUCCUGUGCCGGGUGUGGAAAAUCUGGGACAAAAGUAACUUGUACUAAACACAUUAAGCUGCCAUUGAAUUGAAAGGGGCUUCUCUGAAUCUUAGGAGUAGAAUCUUAAUUUUUGAUUGCAAUGUUGCUGCAAAGACCAAAUCUGCAGAAAUGAAGUGUCUGAAAAUAAGAUGGUUUAUUUUAUAUAACUUAUUCUCCUAUUUUAGGCAAUGGAAGUGAUAGGAAUGUUAACUGCCUUUUAGUAAAUGUUUAACUAUAGAAGAAGCCAUCUGUAUAUCAUGUGUUAGUGUUUGUUUCUAUCUUUCAAAGCAAUUUGCACACAUAUGUAAAUAUCAUUAAGUGAUUUAAAGUGGAAGAGAUAACCAGCAAGAAAGUUUCCAAAACCAGUGCUUACCAUAAGAAAAAUAAAAUUAAAUUGUGCAUGAAGGCUGAGCAAUGGCCAAUGCAAUGUAUAUGUAAAAUCAGAAGAUUUCUAAAUUAUCUGUAACUUAAGACUCAGUAUGCCCAAGUGCAGUGUGAGACCUGUGCUUUAUUUGUUCUUUUUCCAAAUCUGUGGUGUAUUAGAGUACAAAAUGUGUUUGUAACAGCUCUACAGAUGCUGCUUCUUGAGAAGAGGCUAUGUGUUUCACCAACAUGAAAAAUAAAACUGGAAACUAACGCAU